AUGGUGAAAGUGCGAAUGAACACUGCUGACGUGGCGGCUGAGGUCAAGUGCCUCCGUCACCUGAUUGGUAUGCGCUGCUCUAACGUCUACGACCUUUCUCCUAAGACUUAUGUGUUUAAGCUGAUGAAUAGCAGUGGAGUUACGGAGUCAGGGGAGAGCGAAAAGGUGUUGCUGUUGAUGGAAAGUGGUAUCAGAUUGCAUACCACUGCUUAUCUUCGGGACAAAAGCAAUACUCCAUCAGGCUUUACAUUGAAAUUACGAAAACACAUACGAACAAGAAGGCUCGAGGAUGUGCGACAACUUGGAUAUGACAGGAUAAUACUCUUCCAAUUUGGAUUGGGAGUUAAUGCUCACUAUUUAAUUUUGGAGUUGUAUGCCCAAGGGAAUAUUCUUCUCACAGACUCCGAGUACACUGUCUUGACUCUCCUGCGGUCGCACAGGGAUGAUGAUAAAGGAAUCUCAAUCAUGCCACGCCAUCGCUAUCCAGUUGAAAUAAGCCGAACUUUUGAGCGUACAACUAGUGAAAAGUUGUGGGAAGCCCUAACAUCUUCUUUGGAAUCUGGUAAAGGUGAGGGUCUAGAUAGUAAUGAGCAGGGAAAUAAUUCCAGUGUGCCUAAAGGGAAGUUAGGCAGUCAUAAGAACAGGAAGCUUAUUGAAUCGAAUAGAAGUGAUAGUGCUCAUGCCAAGCAGGCAACCCUGAAGGUUGUUCUUGGGGAAACAUUGGGUUAUGGCCCUGCACUAUCAGAACAUAUUAUAUUAGAUGCCAGUUUGAUUCCAAGCACAAGAAUCGGGAAGGAUUUCAAAUUGGAAGAUAAUACCAUCCAGGUUCUGAUUGAUGCUGUUGCAAGGUUUGAAGACUGGCUGACAGAUGUUAUAUCUGGUGAGAAAGUUCCAGAAGGAUACAUCGUAAUGCAGCAAAAGAAUUCUGGGAAAAAGAAUGACUCCAUGAGUUACACAGGAACUUCUGAGCAGAUCUAUGAUGAAUUCUGCCCGCUGUUGCUGAAUCAGUUCAAAUCAAGAGAUUCCACCAAGUUUGAAACAUUUGAUGCUGCAUUAGAUGAAUUCUACAGUAAAAUUGAGAGUCAGCGUUCUGAACAACAACAAAAGGCAAAAGAGAGCUCUGCUAUGCAGAAGCUUAAUAAAAUACGGAUUGAUCAGGAAAGCCGUGUACAUGCACUGAAAAGAGAGGUCAAACAAAGUGUCGGAAUGGCUGAACUAAUAGAGUAUAACUUAGAAGAUGUAGAUGCUGCCAUCUUAGCAGUUCGUGUAGCUCUUGCAAAUGGUAUGAGCUGGGAUGAUCUGGCACGCAUGGUGAAAGGAGAGAAGAAAUCUGGAAACCCUGUUGCUGGCCUCAUCGACAAACUUCACCUUGAAAAAAAUUGCAUGACACUGCUCCUGAGCAACAAUCUUGACGAGAUGGAUGAUGAUGAGAAGACACAACCUGUGGACAAGGUAGAAGUUGAUCUGGCACUUUCGGCUCAUGCAAAUGCUCGAAGGUAUUAUGAAAUGAAGAAGAGACAGGAGAGUAAACAGGAGAAGACCGCUACAGCACACGAGAAGGCUUUCAAGGCUGCUGAGAGAAAGUCCCGUCAACAACUGUCACAGGAGAAAACAGUAGCCACAAUUUCACACAUGCGCAAAGUUCAUUGGUUUGAAAAAUUCAAUUGGUUCAUCAGUAGUGAGAAUUAUCUGGUUAUCAGUGGACGUGAUGCUCAACAGAACGAGAUGAUAGUCAAACGUUAUAUGUCUAAAGGAGAUCUGUAUGUCCAUGCAGAUCUUCAUGGAGCUUCUAGCACUGUGAUAAAGAAUCACAAGCCCGAAACCACUGUACCCCCUCUCACUUUGAACCAAGCAGGAUGUUUCACAGUCUGCCAUAGCCAGGCUUGGGAUUCAAAAAUUGUGACUAGUGCCUGGUGGGUUUACCCUCACCAAGUCAGUAAAACAGCUCCCACGGGGGAAUAUCUUACAGUUGGUAGCUUCAUGAUUCGUGGUAAAAAGAACUUUCUUCCACCACACCCCCUCAUUAUGGGUUUUGGAAUUUUAUUUCGCUUGGAUGAGAGUUCCUUGGGAUCUCAUUUGAAUGAAAGGAGGGUAAGAGGUGAAGGGGAAGAAAUGAAUGACACUGAGCAAAUUGAACCUUUUAGAGAAGUAUCUGAUUCUGGUUCUGAAAGUGAAGUCUUGGAUGAAAAAGCCACAAUAGAAUCACCCAGCACCAUGGAAUUGUUAACAGAAAGACCAACCAAAGAGGAUUUUUAUUCAGAAUCCUUUUCUAUUGAUAAAUCUAGUAAUUCACAUGUCUCAGCAAUUGAAGCUACUGCUUCAAUGAAUUACAAUGAUGAUGAUGAAGUUUCUCGGAAAAGAAAUACUACUUCCACAUCGCAACUGGAGGAUCUUAUUGAUAGAGCUCUUGAGCUUGGAUCUGCUACUGCAUCUGCAAAAAAUUAUGGACUCCAGUCUUCUCAAGGGGAAUCAGUGGAAGAACAAGCCAAGGAGCAAAUAAAGAGAGAUAAACCUUAUAUCUCCAAAGCUGAAAGAAGAAAGCUCAAGAAGGGUCAAAAAGAUAAUACUGAAGGUGCUCCCAUUGACCAUGAAAAAGAAGAGGUGGAAGAAAAUCAUGACACUGCAAGUCACCCAGAUAAAAAUGUUAAAAAUUCGAAGCCAAAUGGUGCCAAAAUUAGCCGUGGACAGAGAGGUAAACUGAAGAAGAUAAAGGAGAAGUAUGCAGAUCAAGAUGAGGAGGAGCGAAGCAUCCGAAUUGCUCUGUUGGCUCCUGCUGGGAAAUCGAAAAAGAACAAUUUGAAGUCUGAGGAUGAAAAGGCCACUGCAGUACAAGGAAAAACAACUACCAAUGCAGAAACUGGAGAUGCUUCAAAAAUUUGUUACAAAUGUAAAAAGGCAGGUCAUACGUCUCGAGAUUGUCCAGAACAGCCCUUUGAAACCGUGCUUAAUAAUGCAAGUAGUGGAGGGGACAAGGCUGUCAAUGAGAUGGACAGGGUGACCAUGGAAGAAGAUGAUAUUCAUGAGAUUGGUGAAGAAGAGAAAGGGAAAUUAAAUGAUGUGGAUUACUUGACUGGAAAUCCGCUGCCUAAUGAUGUCUUAUUGUACGCAGCACCUGUCUGUGGUCCUUAUAGCGCUUUACAAUUAUAUAAAUAUCGUGUCAAGAUAAUUCCAGGAACAGUAAAGAAAGGAAAAGCGGCAAAGACAGCCAUGAAUUUAUUUAAUCACCUACCGGAGGCAACGGGCAGAGAGAAGGAAUUAAUGAAAGCUUGCACAGAUCCUGAGCUUGUUGCUGCUAUUAUUGGUAAUGUGAAGAUUUCAGCAGCAGGCCUCACUCAGCUCAAGCAAAAGCAGAAGAAAAGCAAGAAAACAAACAGGGGAGAUAGCUAA